AUUUUCCGUGUUCGAAUGUUGGGUUCUGCGCGCCAAGAUUAUUUUUCAAAAUACGCGAGGCACGCGACGUGGCAACACCGCGACGUGGCAACACCGCCGGCUGUCGAUGCCUUGCCACUCAGUCGCCGACCGACCGCCGAGGAGGGCACAAUGCUGUGGGUCCUGCUGCUCUACCUGUCAUGUAUUGUAUUACAGCCGUCCAGCGCUUACGUGGAGGAUUACUACUGCGGCGAGCACAACUGUUAUGAGCUGUUGGAACUGACUCGUGAUGCGACGAAGCAGGAGAUCAAGAGGGCCUUCCGCUCGGUGGCCUCGAAGACCCACCCAGACAGAUUUCAAGACCCAGAGGAGAAGAGGGUGGCCGAGGAGCGGUUUCAACUUCUAGCGACAGCGUACGACAUCUUGAGGGACGAUGAAGCAAGAGAAGAUUACGAUUACAUGCUGGAUCACCCGGAGCAGUUCUACCAAAAUGUAUACCGAGCGUGGCGCAGGCGCAUGGCACCUCAUGUGGACGUCAGAAUUGUGCUUGCAGUGACCAUUUCCUUCAUCUCUUUGGUUCAGUACUAUAAUGGAUGGACAAAAUACGAGGAAGCCAUCAAGCACUUCUCCACCGUCCCUAAGUACAGAAUCCAUGCCAUUGAGAUAGCCAAGAAGGAGGGCAUGCUCAUCACGGACAAGAAGAAGCUGAAGGGUAUGUCCAAGGAUCAGAUCAGAGAGCAGGAGGAGAAAGUGAUUCGCCAGGUCAUCGAAAAGAAGAUGGACAUUCGGGGCGUCUAUGCGAAGCCUACGUACAGGGAUCUUUUGUGGGUGCAGCUAGUGCUCCUUCCAUAUUGGACGUUUCAGUACAUUUCCUGGUAUGCCCGCUGGGUUUGGAAAUUCGGCAUUUUGCGGGAAGAGUACGGAGAUGAAGAGAAACUUUACAUUAUCCGGAAAAAUCUGGGCAUGAGUGGCGGACAGUUUGAUAGUUUAGAUGAGGAGACGAAGCUACAGUACCUCGACAUGGAGUUGUGGGUGAAGGAGAAAUUCAAGGCCUGGAAGGAGGAACGUGACAUGGAAUGGCGGGUCAAGAUGGCGUCCUCCGGCCGCUACAAGUCCUACCGCCGUCACCUGAAAAACAACGGGCCUGGGCGCAUAUACUUUGAUGAUUCUUAGAUUGUGAGCUUACGUGCUUUUGUUUGUUGAAAGCAUAAUGAUAACUUACUUUCACUGAUAAGGGUAUUACCUCAGCCUUCCAAGUUUAGCUCUAUUUGUACAGUGUAAAUUGUAAAUGAUAGCAUUCUCAUAGGUCCUGGUUUUGCAGCCGCACAUUCCAGGCCUCUCACACUGACAUGUGGUCAAAGUAGUAAGGUUGUUUGCAAGUUUCUUUUGUCCUUGGCUUUUUUCGUGAACUACUACUUAAUUACUGCUAUUCGUCAAUUAAUGAUUUUUUCCUUAGAGACUUGGAUCAUUCUUUUAUGUUUACUGAUGCCAGAUAUGGUGCUGUUACAUUAUAACUUUAGUCUUUGCUGGCCUGAGACCAAAUGGCAACAAGUUUCAUCUGUUAAUACCUUAAGCCAUGAGUGCCAUAUCUAUGUACAGUCAACUCUAAGCUAAAGAUGUUAUUUACUGUGUAUAUAUAAAUACCCUGAGAGUGUUAACAAGAAUGCCUCAGUAGUUAUUUGGUACUGUCAACUUAAGAGCUUUGGGUAAAUCAGGUUUCAUUCCGUGUCGGCUAAAAUAAUAGACUUGUUUUCCUCAAUUCCCUUGUUUGUUUCUUAAGUUGUGUUUCCUCUGUGAACUUAGUGAUUGCCAGUAAACAGACAAUAGACUAGUAGGAACCACAUCUGUCAUGCCUUGACAUUUUAUAUGAGUGCUUGUCCAUAAUUUGUGGCAACUUUUAUUGUGAAAGAAGACGAACUGUUAUCAGAUGAUUUGCCAGUAUUGUGAAAUGACUACUUGUUGGGAAAUAGUUCAGUAAUUUCCUCUUUUUUUUCUUUUUUAUUAUGCUGCAAAUGGAUGGGAUUUGUGAAUUGCAGGAGAUAGGACAAAAAGAUGUAGCCGAUAGAUCUGUCCACGGUGCCUGGUCUAUCUUGAGUUAGUCUCCCGAUUUACCACUGGUUUAUGAAUGCAUUGACGAGGUUUGUAGGUUUCCUUAAUUUCAUGUCCAUCCAUGUACUUAAUGCCACCAUGAAAGAGGUUAAUGAACAAAUCAUUUGACAGACAAACUGAUGGGUUAGUAUUGGGAGAUAUAGUUUGGAUUUGACUUAGUGCUUAAAAGGAUCAUCAAGGUUAUUAUCAUCACCAUCAUCUUUGCUAUUGUUGCCAUUAUAAUCUCUUUUACAAAAAUCAAAAUAUUAUAAUACUACAAUUUCUGCAGUUGGUUGUGCAUUUUCUCCUUCUUUUGAUUCAGGGUAAAAUAUUUUCUCUUUUAGUAUGUAUUUCACCAUUAAGAAACUAAAGGUUUGAUUUGUUCCGUUGUUAACAGGACAGGAGAUGAGAUAAAAGUACCAGUAUGACCUGAUGUGACUUGGAUUUCCUGGAAUGUCUUUGGAUUGUGUAUUGUAAUUGAGCUCAAGGACAGUCUGACUCAAGCCAGAAGUUGUACUAGUUUCAUCUUCUUCCUUGCCAUAGACUGGUUUCAGAUUGCGUAUGGAAGUAUUUACUUGCAAGCUUUUAAUACAGAGAGCAAACCAAUCAAAUCAGUUUUGAAAUACUUCACAGAUAUGUUGUAUGAUUUUCAUAAUCUGUUUACUUAAUUGUUGUAUCAGUUGGAUGUAAAGUUUUUUAUCAGUUUUCCAAAAUGUAUUGCAGUCCCAUUAUGCAAGAACUUCAUAGAACAUAAAUUGAUAGAGAAAAAGAUAUAUAAAUAAUGUAAACAAGAGAACAUGAAUGGCAUGUUCAUAUUUCACGAAGGCUUUAUAAAUCCAUACAUCGUACAGAACCAGAUGAAGGCAUGUUGAUGCCUUUGUGCAGCCCAGGAUUGGUGCUUCCCUCGCAUUCCUCUUUGGUUCAGAUAACUUCAAGGUCAGAUAAUCUCACAUACGACAUUUCAUAAUUUUAUACAACCGUAACCUCUUGUAAAUGAGUGAUUUCUUCUGAUAAAUGAUUUUUUAUUCUUGACCACUUGAACUUACCUGGCUAAUGUGAAAAAUAAACUAUAUGAGGAAUUACAAGUUACAGAACCGGCUUUGUUUGCACUCGAGUGUGGCAGUGAGAGUUAGACAUGACAGCUUGUGGGAAAAUCCAUGGUGCCCCCUCCCUUGGUACCCCGUGCAUGUGCAUAUUUUGCUUAAUCUAAGCCUGACCUUUUGGAAUUGAUUUUUCAAAGAUGGAGGUUGAUUUUAGACUAAAAGGAAAAGGUGCACUACAAGAAGCUUGUAAGUUCGUCAGAAAAAACAAAGAAUUUAGAAAAUGUCAACAUAAAUGUGGCUAGAUUUUGUUAUGGGUUUUGAAUGUGAAAGAAUAAAUGUUGGUGAUACUGUUAAAUGUAGGUCUCACUGCCAGUUUGCUGAUGAAAGUCUUUAUGGUAAAAGGUCUCGACAUUCAGAUGCCUUUAUUCAAAGCUCUCUUGAACAAAAGCUAGGGUGUUACAAAGUGAAGUGAUAGCA